GUUCGAUUUAGCGUCCGAACCUCCUCAUGAUGAGGGUGGAAAAACCACCACAACGCACACGGUUCUUGAGACUAGUUUGUUUUUUCAUAAUCAACAGUAACAAUGGCUGAACCCAAGAUUAGCAAGAUUUUCUCGGCGGCUCCUCCGGAGAUGAACAAGGAACAAGGUGCCAUCCUCUCCAUGGUCAAGCAAGUCCGUACUGCUCCUCGUGAUGAGCGCUUCCCCGCCCAAAACCAAGCCCUUCACUGCUGGAAUCGUUACAACGAGUGGCUCCUCUGCACCAAGCAAUCUGAUGAAGCCAAGUGUGCCCCCUUGAGGCAGUACGCCAAUGCCAUCUGCCCUGAUGCCUGGUCGGAGCAGUGGGACGAGGAACGAGAGUCCGGCGCCUUCUCCGGAAUUGGUCACCGUUUCAAUUCCAAGCAUUAAAUAUUAAUUGCGACACACGCACACACAGAGAGAGAAGAGUAUAGUCGGUCAUCCAUGCAUCAUGGGUUGACAGAUUAUAAAGGAUUAUUGAUUAGUGGGUUGGUUGGAAACCCAGGUUGGCAGUAAAUGAGAAGGCUGUAGUUGUGUGUACAUGUUGGAGGAGAAGGAAGAUAAGAGAAAGAUCCUGUGGACAUUUGUGCGGUGGCAAACCACCCGCAAUGAUGGAAAUCAUCACAUAAUUUGAAUAAUUGUUGAAUAUCGUACGUGGUC